AUGGGUACCCGGAACAUCGAGUGUCGUAAAUUUUCGCCGAAUAUCUUCAACAAGAGCAAAUGUACGCACUGUUUCCGGCAGCGCGAGGAGCACAGCGCGGCCGCACUGGAAUGCAAUCGGGCGACGCGAAAGGUGUCAAAACGUGGAUACUUAUUCGUGGCACCGGACUGGGAUUUCAGCAACCCGCUGUACAGAACAAAGCGAUGGCAGCGAAGGUGGUUCGUGCUGUACGACGACGGAGAGCUGACGUAUUCGGUAGACGAACACCCCGAAACGAUACCGCAGGCCAUAAUCGACAUGACGAAGGUGCUGGAGGUGACCACGGCCGACAACAUCACCAGCCAUCCGCACUCGAUCGCCAUCACCGCCCCGGAGCGGGUCACCUUCGUCAAGGGGACCUGCCCGGACGAGACCAAGUGGUGGUUCAAUGUGCUGGUCGCCUUUCCCAAAUCCAAGGGCCGCCACAAACGAAAUGCGACCUUUCCCGGUGGACAGGCCACGACGAUCCUGCAGGCGCAGAUGUACAGCGAGUCGCAGGCGCAGAUUUCGGCCAAAGGCGCUCCGACGACGCGGGACAAGCUGGUGGCCCAGCUCGACGGUGGGAAGGCGCAGGCGCGACUCCGCGCCCGCCAUCAUCGAUCAUCGCUCGACGUCAGUGAUUCAGGUGAGCAAGACGAUAUCGAUUCUGGCAUUGAUUCGCACAUCGAAUCGGGAGCGGCAGCGGCCAAAUGUCUUCUACUGGACGGUGGUGCGCCGGAGCUGCGCACGAGGGACGAACCAAAGCUGAAGGAUAUCGCCAACACACUGAACCGGUGGAGCAGCCCCUGCAUCACGGACAGUCUGUCACUCAUCGCCGGGCUCGGUGACCACCUGGAGAAGCCGCAGUGCGCGCAGGACGAAAACACGGUCCCGGCGCAGUACACCAACGGCGGCGGCGGCGGCGGCGGCAGCGGAGGUGGUGGUGCGGGAGGCUUGGGCAGCGUAGGCGGCACUCCCCUGCAGAUGCGGCCCCAGUCCCUCACGUUACCGUCCAGUGCGCCUGCCAUCGUGUCGGCGAUUGUGAAGAAAAUCCCGACAUCCGCCGGCGGCGGCAAAACGGCCGGUCAUCAGGGACCGCCCCCGCCGGCCCCGCUCGGUCAGCUGAGUCUGCCGGGUCUGAACUGCUCUAGUCUGAAGCUGAAGCCUAGUCAAACGCACGAGCGGGGCGACCCGGACGGGGACUGCGGGAUGGACGAGGCGCCCGUGAGCUAUCUGGGCAAAAACUCCGAGCACCGGGUGUCCGUCGGGUCCGAGCCCGAGCUGCUCCACGCGAAGAAGGGCUGGCUGCAGAAGCAGGACGUGCGGGCCGGCGACUGGAGCAAACACUGGUUCACGCUGCGCGGUGCCGCCCUCUUCUACUACCGCGACCCGGUCGCGGAAGAGAAGGGCGUCCUGGACGGGGUGCUGGACGUGAACAGCAUCACCAGCAUCACCGAGGUGCCGGUCACCAAAGGCUACGGCUUUCAGCUCACGACCUGGGACAACCACCGGAUCGUCCUGUCAACGGGCACGAUCAACAUCCGGAACAAUUGGAUCAACGUGCUGAAGAACGCGGCCGGACUGCCCCCGUCCAAGGCCACGCUCAACAACAACAGUCUCGGGCUGAGCAACCAGAACGACGACAACUUCAAGACGUUACCGGACAAAGCGGGCCAGACGGUCGGGCCACCGGCGGGGGCCGCGCCCCCCGCGUCGUUACCGCUCGAAAUCGAGCUGCUUGCAGCAUCCGGUGAAGUCGAGCUGCAGAGGCAGGCGCUGAAAAAGAAGAGCUCGAAAUUGCUCGAGAAAAAUAAUAAUUCGAGCGGACUGCACAUCGAAGGUGUAACGCCGUUGGCGGGCGAGGAUGUGGUCGACGCGGCCCCACCGUCAGCCCCCCGGAAGGAUGUGGUAGUGCACCUGGUGGCCCGCGGUCCCCCGAAGCCGAUCGAACACGGUGGUGCGCCAGUGGACGGAAGCAGUAACGGAAGUAAUAGUAAUAGUCAGCCUCAACCAAAGUCGGUCGUGCAGUCGCCCGUGACGCCGGUGACGCCCAAGUCGCUGCUGUUCUCCUCGGACGAGGAGUACCGGACGGCGUCGGAGGGUGGCCGGCGGGACAGCGUCGGCGACUGGGGUUCGCCGGUGUCACCGUCACCCCCGUCGGUGCCGCUUUGUGCGGUCGCGCGUACCAAAGAUAGGUUAAGAACGUCCCCAGCGUCCCAGGGCGUCCCCCGGGCUCUGCACAAGCGCAGCCGUUCGUCACCACCCACCUCCCGACGCAGCACGCUCGAGAGUGCCCCAACGGACGCGCCGAUAAUCAACACGGCGCUACAGGAAGAGGAAACGGGUCUCGAGAAGGAACUGCAGCUACGGUUGCAGGCCGCCGAGAAGGAGCUUUCGAUGUUGCGCGAGGAAACCCACGAACGGGAAGCCCGAAUGUCCGAGCUGCUCACCACGCUCGAGCGGACGGAACAGGAACUGACGCGAAAGCGCGAGCUCGAAGAGAACCGCGAGAAGUUGAUGGUGCAGCUACAGGAAAGCCGAGCCGCCGGUCAGGACGUAAUCGAGCGGGUGACCCACGAGCUAAACCGGAGCCGCGACAUGACAAAGGACCUGGAGGAACGGCUGGCGCGCGGAAUCGAGGAGAACGAAUCACUGUACCGGAAGCUGCAAGAGUUCGGCAUCACGAGCCCCGCAUCGAGCAUGUCCAGUCUGGUGACGGCACCGAGCACGCCGGUGGCGGUGGCAGGGCGCAAGAUGAAGCGCAUGGACUCGUUCAGUGACCUCACGUUCCUGUCCGAGAUCGAUCCGGGUGCGCUCGAUAAGGACCAGCUGGCGGACGAGUACCGCGAGCUGCGGGCACGCUUCGAGCGGGCCGUCAGCGAGCUGAAGGCGAUGAAGCGCGAGCUGAAGGACGCCCACGGGCUGUACGAUGAUCUGGAGAUCGGGUACGUCACGCUGCAGAAGGAGCUCGAUCGGCAGGUCGAGGCGCACGGAGCCGAGUCGCGCAUGAUGGCCGACCGGAUACAGGACAUGACGAACAAGUACACGGCGGCCGAGAAGCAGGUGCGGCUGCUGAAGCAGAAGAUGGUCCGCUCGGAGAAGCGCCGCUCGCUGUCGCUCAAGGGCAAGGAGUCGCUCUCGAUCCAGAAGGAGCUCGAGGAGAAGGUCAGCGAGCUGGAGAGCAAAAUCGACGCCCUGGAGGCUGGGGUACCGAUCGUACCGAAAGCGGUCGCCGUCGAGCUGGCCGCUCCGGAAGUCGCCGUCCCAGCGGUGGUCAGCCAGCCGACGAAACGAUCCUCUUCCACGACGACGCGGUUGCGUCGCAAGAGCCUCGACAGCGCGUCGUUGUCAUCGCAACCGAUGCAGGUGUUGCUGCGAUUGAACAACCUCGAGAAACGGGUCGAAGGUGUGCAAUCGGGAUCCGAGUUGGCAGCGAAGCGGGAUGUGAGCGAGUGUGAAACGGCCAGCACGGCUUCCAGCGCGAGUCCUGCCCCGUGUGGUGUCCCUCCUGUCCGGGGUGUUCCGGAGCAUCUGAUGGAUCGGCUGAAGAGCCUCGAGGGGGUGGUGAUCUCGGUGCGCGAGCUGGUCGAUCAGAGUCUCCAGCAGUUUCAUCAUCUCCGCUCGGCACGAUCCCGUCGCUCCGUGUCGCCCAUGGCCGACAAGAAGGACUCGUUCCGGUUCAUCGAACGCUGUCUGGCGGAAGUGUCGAAACUGUUGCGCGAAAGCUGCGACAACUGCAUCGUCCAGGAUGGUUACGGCAGCACGGCAAACGGACCGGCCAGUGUGCUCGUCCUACCCGAUUCGAAUCCCAUCAAGCUGGCCCUCAACCAGCUGGAGACGCAGCUGAAGAACAAACUGUCCGAUCUGCUGAAGCAGCGGCGAAUGCUGCGCGAAACGAACGGGCUUUCGCCGCGCAAGGAUAUGGAGCUGCUGGCCGAGCGGAUCGCGUUCGAAAGUGUGUGCUUCGGUCGGCUACGGCACGCUCUCGAGCGGGCCGAUAAUCUGCAGGAGUUCGAGGAGCGUCAAACCAAAGUGGAAGUAUGCGAAACGAUUCAGCUAAUGUCGCUGCUGAAGGCCAAGCUGUCGGGCAAGUGUGCGGUCCGGCCAAGCAGCAGCGUCGACGUGCUGGCAAGCGUGUUAGCCCGCAAGCUGAUGCUUUCGGCCGGACGGACCAGCACCAUCCGCACGCUUUCGUUCCCACCCAUCGGCACCACGCUGCUGGAUGAUCUGCUGCGGCAGCAGAACGAGGUACACCUGAUCGCGAAACGCUACAAGACGACCGCGAUGGAGAACCUCGCCUACGGGCUGGCAGCCGAAACGCUCAGCUACAUCUCGUCUUCGCACGAAACGGUACAGGGUGCGGUGCAGGAAGCGUGGCGCCAAGCGCAGGAAGCGGUCAACGCGGAGCUGGUGCAAUCCGAGAUCGCCCACAUUAUGAUGCGGAAUGCACAGCGCUACGAGAACUCCCUGGCGCCCGCCUUCGGAUACGCGCUGUCCACCCAGGAGCGGAUCACCUUCGAAACGUUUGCCGAUGCGGUGCACGAAGCGUUGCGCCGGGAGAUGGAUGCGGCCGUGGCACAGCUUACCGAGUGCUACGAGGAAACGCUCGCAAAAAUGAAACGUGGCCAGUGGCGGUUGCACCUCGAGCAGGAACGCAAGCCAAGCGAGGGACGCCAGCUGUUGGGCGAAUUUGCGGACAUUAUCGCUCACAAGGCGCUGAUCGAUGCGCGCGUCCAGGUCCUGAAGGGUGACUACGUGCCGUGUCGCAGGAACCAAGAGGAGCCCGACACGGCUGGCCGGGUGUUCAGUGUGGCCGCACUGAAGCAGUACGAAACCCUCUACACCGAGCUGACGACCGAUCUGGAGGUGACGAACGCGGACGACAUCCUGGCGGAGGCAGAUUUCAACUUCAUGUACAAGUACUUUACCAGUGAGCACUCGCUCAACAAGGCGGAAGUGAAGGAGGUGUCCGCCAUCCUGAACGAGCUGGAACGGACGGUGGUGGCGCUGCAGAGCAAUCUGAGGCCACUGGAGGACGGGAGUAGCAGCGCGACGCUCGCGGCGACCACCGCUAUCGAUGUCGACAGUCUCCGUAGCAUCCAUGCGCGCUGUGUCGAGAUCCAGCAGCGGAUCGAUUCGCUGAUCACGGUCGCCAAGCAGUUACGGCAACGCAGCGAACAGUGCGCUAAACUGCAGGACCGCUUACAGCAGGUAACGCAGGACCACGAGCGGGAGCUGGCCACACUGAGGAAGGAGAACGAGCAGCAACUCGCCCAACUGCAGCGACAGAUCGACGAACAGCAACGGCGUAUUCAGGCGAUCGACACCGAACGGGUGGAGCUGCUGGAGAAGCUAAACAACGAGCGCAAUCUGUUGAAGCAAAAGGAGAAGGAACUGCACGACGCGGCCGUUCGGUUGACGCGCGUCGAAGCGGCCAGCAACGAGAAGGACAAGGAGAUCGAGGAUCUGCUCGAUAGCUACGAUCAGGAGCACAAGAAGGCACGGGCGCUCAAGGAUCGGUGCGACGAGCUGGCGGACAGUUGCCGGCGGACCGCGGCCGAGUACGCCGAGCUGGAGAAGGAGCGGGACUAUCUGUUCGAGGAGGUGCGCAAGGAGCAGGAGCACGUGAAGAAACUGGAGAAGCAUCUCGAGCUGCUCGAGACGGAGCACGCGCAGCAGGUGGACAAUCUGCACGCCGCGUACCGGGAGCAGCAGAUGGCGAACGAGCUUGACUCGCAGAAGGACAAGGACGACGAGGAUAGCUUGCGGUCGCGGUACCAGGCCGAAAUCGAGCAGCUGCGGGCACUGUGUGAGAAGGGGUUGGCCGCCAUGGAGGCGUCGCACAAGCGCAUCAUUCACGAUCUGGAAGAGAAACACCAGCAGGACAUCGGGAACCUCAUUCUGGAGAAGGAACAAGCGUUGGCCGAAGAAACACAGGCCACACUGGCAGCACUGGACGCCAUGAAGAAAGCUCACCAGAACGAGGUUCAGCGCGAGGUGACCCGCUUCAAGCAGGAGUUUCUCAAACAGUUCCAAAAGGGGGGCCAACCACCGCAAGCGUUCCGCGAGAAAGAGCAAGAGCUGGAAGACGUGCGGCUAGAGAUACUGUCCCUCUCGGAGAAGUACUCGCUCAAGUGCGUGGAGACGGCCUCGCUGGAGGAGAAGCUGCGCAUCGCCACGCAGCAACUGAAGUGUUCCCAGCAGCACAUCCAGCAGCUCGAUGUUAGAAACAAACAACUUCGGGCUCACUUCGUCUCGAACCAGGCGGAGGAGACGGCCUCGGCCCCACCACAGACCAGCAGUAACGUCGUAACGCCAAAGGACAUCAAUCUGUUUAGCAGCAGCGCGCACCACCACCAUCACCGGAUGGCACUGGCACCGUCGGCGGCGGGAAUGGCGACUCUCGGAAAUGGCGAGCCGCACUUGGCAGCAGCACCGGGCUCGGGGGCGGCAUCGAACGGGGGAGCGGCCCCCGACACCAGCAGCAGCCCGAUCGAGCUGCUCGAUCUUCGCGAGUGCCAGCACCUACUGAACAAUAAGAAAGAAUCACAUCCACGGUUAAAGUUUACCGAAGGAGCCAAACUAGGCGUAGCACCGAUCUUCUCUACCUCCACCACGACCUCCUCGGCCGGCGGCGCCUCGGCGGCCAUCCUCGAGUCGGUCAACCUGGCCAGCAGCACCAACAACAACCGAGCCAAAGUUCUCAACUCCAAACAGCUGAACAUGAACCUUAUCAGCGGCGGCGGGUCGGCGGUCGGUCAACCGUCGCAGCCGGCAUCGGCCGGUUCGCCCUCGAUCCUGUCGCUGCCCCUGAUCACGAGUGCCACACUGAAGAACAGCAAUCUUCACCGAAACACGACGACGAGCACGAGCGGCGGCCUCAGUGCUACUAGCGGUGCCGGCGGCAACCACCUCAUCCUCAACCACAGCGGUGGCAACAACAACAACAACAACAACAGCCACGUGCAUAACAACAAUAAUAUUAGUAGUAGCAAUAAUAAUAAUAAUAAUGAUAACGAUAACAAGCACGAGCUUAAGCCAUCGACUAAACAUUGUUCGCCCCCUCCCUUAGAUGAGAGGGACGUUGAACAGCAAAUUCAUCGGUUCGAGUUGGAAAUCUAGACAAACCAAUAGAAGGCACCCACACUAAACACACACACAGGCAGACGCGCAGCAUGAUGAAGCGGUGCACCUUAACUUGACGCAUAGUUUGGAACGCACAUUGGAAAGCGAAAUUUUUAUCAACGGCCACAGAGUUUGAAGCUUUUAUUUUACAACUUCCAUCAAACGGAUUCCAAAACACACGCCCACUAAUGCAGCAGCACAAUGCACUAAACACCCACACCCAGAAACGAAAGAGUUCAACACGAAACGCGCAUCAAUCAUUAUUAUUAUUAGAGCACGCGCAUUACGACAAACCAAGAACACGCAAAACGCAAACGCAUGCAUAGAGGCCAAUAACAAAAGCUUGCAACUUGCACGUGGAACGUGCACGUGGCCCCCAAGGAGGGGGGCGGCGCGGGAGACAGUGGGCAACAGGAUUCCGGCAGCAGACCGCAGGCAAAACCAUACACAGGACGACAAGGGACAGGACGCUUGUGAUUGUUGUUUUAUAUUGUUGAUUCAUUUUAGGCUGUUUUUCUUUUCCACAAACAAUCGAACACACACCGAAACGCUGUUGCCGGGAAUCAUGGUUGCGAUCGUUGCUUUUGCUGUUGUUGUUGUUGUUGUUGAUCGAGCGCUGAUCGAAGGAUUUGGCGGCACUCGAGCGGAUACCGCAGCGUGCGCCUGCCGGGAAGCUAGGCAAUAGGACGAAUAUCGUUUUAAAUCGUUUCCGCGUGCGCCGUCCGCGUGAGCCUUAAUUUGAUUUAUUUAUUGUAAAUUUUCCCUUUCACUUUCUCUCUCUCUCUCUCUCUGUAAACGUUUACCGUAUUUUUUGUAUCACCAGACUGUGGCCCCUACAGAGGGGUGCCUUAAUCACCACUCACCAGUUAAUUGAGCACGGCUUUUUAUUUUGUUGAUUUUGUUCAUUGUACGCCAUGCAAACGAUUUACGAGCAAAACUGUCGAACUGUCGAGUUUCUAUUUCAAGUGCAGUAACGCUUCCUUAAUAAACUGUUUGACUGUGACCCCACGAAAUACGGAACCCCACCACCGCCAGAGCAAGCGCACGUUGACUAACUUCGUUGCGUUACGCUGCAGACGGUCAAAUCGCUGCUUCGGGCUUUUCUCGGGGGGAAAUGGGUGGACGAACGAAACGUUUAGUGUUAAGAAUCGAUUAGGAAAGCAAUUACCAUUGUCUCGCCUAAUACCUAACAUCCCCGAAUCCGCAAUGUGUCUUCCCUUCGUGUCCUUUUUCGCGAGCUAAAACGAUGAAUAAUGGUGCCUUUCACUUUUUUUGUGUAAUACUUUUCUUGGUAGGAUUACUAUUUUAUGGAGUUUUUCUCUUUUAUGUGUAUGUUUUAGGUUUACCUGUACGCGUUUACGUUACUUUGUAAUUCUGUAAAAAAAACUGAAACAAACUCCCUGUCCCAGCACCACCACCACCGUUGCGUUGUAGUUUAGCCAUGUAAGAAGAACCACACCGAAAAGAACCGAGCGACAGUGAAACACGCGACAGCCGCACUCCGAGGCCAGGAGGAGUCGAAAGUGGGCUGCAACUAUCGUUAGUUUUUCCCGUUUAUUUUUUGUUCGUUUAAAUGUUAGUUUUGCGACGAUAGCCGAGGACGGGUUUCGCGUGUGUAGAAAGUGUAUUUUGUAUGAUUUAUUUGUACCCUUUCCCCCGGGGAUGAUCGCCUUUUCCACGACAACCUCCUCACCUCACCGGAAAAGUUAGUGAAAAAUAUAUUGA